AUGGGGGUUGUCGAUCCUUCGUACCCUCUACUCCCCACUGCAUACAUAUUAUCCUCUGUCAUGCUAUCUUUGGUGCUAAUGACUAGCUUCGUUCGAGAAAGAUGGAAUCUAGGCGUCGCUUUCUUAUGCUUCUGGCUUCUCGUCGAGAAUAUCUCCAACGCUGCGAGUGUCAUCAUAUGGUCGGACAACGCCGAUUUGAAGCUGUACGUCUUCUGUGAUAUCGUUACUCAUAUUCAAGAAAUCGCAUUCGUCGUGAGACCUAUGGCAACACUGAUCAUUACACGUCGACUGUAUUUGAUUGCCCGGCUUCAGUCCGUGGAGCUUCCCAGCAAAGCAGCGAGACGACGGGAUCUGGCCAUAGAGUGGACUCUAGGGCUAGGUGCUCCCUUGUUUGUGGCUAGUCCUAUAUACUAUGCGAAUCAGGGCGCUCGCUUCGAGAUCACGGAAGGUUUUGGUUGCACGACGGGCAAUGACACUUCGAUACUCGCGCUCCUGAUCGAGGAAUCCUGGUCAAUCAUUCCUCCCCUAAUUUCCAUCACGUUCUACUACCCUAAGGUGGCAAAACUAUACUAUCAUCAAAGAAAGGACAUAAACAACUUCCUACGCAGCAAUGCCUCAGUCUCGCGCACAAAUUACAUGCGCAUACUCGUUCUCGCCAGCAUCGAUCUCUGGCUCACAUUGCCCAUCGGCAUCGUGAAGAUCGUUCUGGAGGUAACAUACGCACUAUCUCCUCCCAAGUACUUCCCCUUUUACCCUGGUUGGCACCACCUGCACUCUGAAUGGGGACCGGUUUCCGUAACCUACGCUGAGCAGCAAUCCGAUGGUACCGCAGAUCUAGCUCAGAGCUACUUCAGUCACUGGUCGACAAACAUCAUCGCAUUUGCCAUCUUCGGCUUGUUCGGCCUCACUUCCGAAGCUCGCGCAUCGUACUGGCGCAUCGUCUGCACAAUCGGCGGUUGGUUCGGAUGGAAACCUACACCGAGCGCGCAGAAUGGGCGGGGACCAUUGGGAGAGAUCGAGUUCGGGGUGCGGCCGCAGGACAGUAUUAGCACGUCGGACUUCGAUCUCGAGAUGGGGUCGCGUCCUCCGAGCUUCGUCAACGCAGAUGCAGCGGCUGCGAAAAGGGAGAUUGAAGAUGCCAUGGGUGGUAGGUCGGUCCGCGCCUCAACGACUGAUUCGCAGUCGACUAAGGAAGAUCAUUGCAACGAGCUUGUAGGCGAUGCAUACAUGCAAGCCGCCAAUCAUCGCGACACAAGUACGAGUGGCGAUGAACAACUUGACGUCCUCGAGAGCGGCAACGUCGCAAUCGUUCGCUCGGUUCAGCUGAUCCAGUCCCAGAGCGCAUCCUGGGAUGCGGACGUUCGUACAGUGCAUGAGGCCGACACGCGCGGAAGUCUCGGAGGUGGACAGCCUCAAACGCAGGUCGCUUGA